AGUGAGUUAAACACCAUCAGAGGAAGUGAGCUUUGACCAAACCUGGCUUCUGGCUCACAAAGGCUCUGGGCUUCUAGCAAUAAAAAGAUCGCAAAACAUCAGCAUGUAGGGCAGAGAGUUCCAGUCUGAACAGAGAUAUUCUGGCAGCUAUGGCAUCGUCUGACUCUCAAGGAAAAAGAGUGGCUGUCAUCGGUGGUGGUUUGGUUGGAGCAUUGAAUGCGUGCUUUCUUGCAAAGAGGAAUUUCCAAGUUGACGUGUAUGAAGCUCGGGAAGAUAUUCGAGUGGCUACAUUUACACGUGGAAGAAGCAUUAACUUGGCCCUUUCUUAUAGAGGACGGCAGGCCUUGAAGGCCAUUGGUCUGGAAGAUCAGAUCGUUUCCAAAGGUGUGCCUAUGAAAGCCAGAAUGAUCCACUCUCUUUCGGGAAAGAAAUCUGCAAUUCCCUAUGGGAACAAGUCACAGUAUAUCCUUUCCAUAAGCCGAGAAAACUUAAACAAGGAUCUGCUGACUGCUGUGGAGUCAUACCCCAAUGCCAAGGUGCACUUUGGCCACAAGCUGUCGAAAUGCAGUCCAGAGGAAGGGGUGCUCACUGUGCUCGGACCUGACAAAGUUCCCAGAGAUGUCACGUGUGAUCUCAUUGUAGGAUGUGAUGGAGCCUAUUCAACUGUCAGAGCCCACCUCAUGAAGAAGCCCUGCUUUGAUUACAGUCAGCAAUAUAUCCCUCAUGGGUACAUGGAGUUGACAAUUCCACCUAAGAAUGGGGAGUAUGCCAUGGACCCUAACUAUCUUCACAUUUGGCCUAGAAAUGCCUUUAUGAUGAUUGCCCUUCCAAACAUGGACAAAUCUUUCACAUGCACCUUGUUCAUGUCCUUUGAGGAGUUUGAAAAACUUCCAACGCGUAGUGAUGUGCUGGACUUCUUCCAGAAGAACUUUCCAGAUGCUAUUCCUCUGAUGGGAGAGCAAGCCCUCAUGAGAGAUUUCUUUCUGUUGCCUGCCCAGCCCAUGAUAUCAGUAAAGUGCUCUCCCUUCCACCUGAAGUCACACUGCGUGCUGAUGGGAGAUGCAGCUCAUGCCAUCGUCCCAUUUUUUGGGCAAGGAAUGAAUGCGGGCUUUGAAGACUGCUUGGUAUUCGAUGAGUUAAUGGAUAAAUUCAAUAAUGAUCUUAGUAUGUGCCUUCCUGAAUUCUCAAGAUUUAGGAUUCCAGAUGACCAUGCAAUCUCAGACCUGUCUAUGUACAAUUACAUAGAGAUGCGAGCACAUGUCAACUCUAGGUGGUUCCUUUUCCAAAGGCUCCUGGAUAAAUUUCUUCAUGCAAUUAUGCCAUCUACCUUUAUCCCUCUCUAUACCAUGGUCGCCUUCACCCGAAUAAGAUACCACGAAGCAGUGCUGCGCUGGCAUUGGCAAAAAAAGGUGAUAAACAGAGGACUCUUUGUCCUUGGGUCCCUGACAGCCAUCGGAAGCACCUACAUACUUGUGCAUCACCUGUCCCCAAGACCUCUGGAAUUCUUGAGAAGACCUGCCUGGACGGGAACCACUGGCUACUGGACUAGGAGCACAGACAUUUCCCUGCAAGUUCCAUGGAGUCACUAGGACAAAUUUUCCAGUUCACUAACCAUAGUGUCAAAGUUCUGGGUAGCAAAUGCUUGAUUCCUCUUCAAUAUCAAGGGUGAAAAGCUUCCAUUGCCAUAUUCAAUUCACUACUGGAAUCUAAUUGUCGGCCUAUACUUAAGUUCGGUGUGGAGUUUGUUUGUCAGCAGAGCGAAGGAAGAGAGCUGUUUUUACAGUGUCUCAUCAGUUUGCAUGCUUGGGCUGGGCCAUUUUAAAUUUAAAAAUGCAAUAACCAAGGUCUCUUUCACUUCUCAAAAAAAAUUUUUUUUAUAGAGGACAAUACAAUAUCAACAACACUGAGGACUGAGAUCCACAGCUUGCCUAGCUUCCUCUUUAUAGUAGUAGAUGGGGCCUGCAGGUUCAUAGCCACUUGCUAAAGGUAGAGAUGUGAAUGAGAGACAGGGUAUUCCAAAGAGUUCCAGGAUAAAUCUGUUUUAUUUCCCAGUUCCCAGACCUCAGAAUUAUUACUUUUUUGAAGAGAAGGAAAAUACAUUAAUGGCAUCCUAAGUGAAGGGUAAGAAAGGGUUGUUAGUAGUAAUAAAUGUAUAGCGGGGGGGGGGGGGGGGGGUGCAAGGGGGGUGUUUUCCAGAAGCACAGGCACCGUUCAUUCCAUUUCAGACAUGUAAAAGUGAUGUUUUGACUGUCCCACAGAUAGAAGCAGAAGUUAACUUCGUUGUCAGAGUGCAGCACAGACACACCCGCUCUGCUUCUUUCUUCAGUAAGCUGGCUGAUUGGGACACUUAGAAAUUCUUUUCAUUGUCAAUUUUGAGAGCUGCAAUAAUGGUUAUGGAGGAAACCAAAAACUGAGGAAAUAAAGAUAAAACAAUUUGGCAUUUUCCAUAAUGUCAAAGGCAUCCUUGAGUCUUAACAAUCUAUGAUGUGUUGGGAAAGAAAUAUCAUUGUUUUCCUGGUAAGGGAUGUAGCUCAGUGGGAGAGCAUUUAUGUAACAUGGCCCUGGGUUAGAUUCACCAACACUGCAAAAAUAAAGAGAAUAAUUGUUUCUUUUA